CGCACGCGCCGACCGCUCGCUCGCCUUCGCCGGCCACGCUGCCCGCCCGUGCCCGUGUGCUGCCUCGGCGCUCGGCAGCCGUCACCCUCGCUUCGCCACCGCCGCGAGCGACGCGCGAGCAGGCCGCGGUUUCGCUCGCCCUCGGGGCUCCGUGGUGCGCGAAUCAUCUCCACCCCCCCCUGCUUUCCCUCCCUCCUUCGAUCCUUCCUUCUGGUUGGUGACGGGGCGAUUGGAUUUGGGCCUCACCAGUCGGGAUGACGCGGGAUGAUGCGAUGGGAUGCGAUUCGGUAGGGGUGGAAUCCUGGGGGUUUGUUUGGUUGCUUCUAUUCGAGCGUCACUUCUUCUUGAUUUACUCGUCCUCUUGCUUCUUGGGCUGGGCGGCUUCCGAUUUUUGCUGUGAUUUCUCACUGGAGCCUUUGAGUUUCUCAGCAUUCUUUCGGGACUCGGGGUUCGCUUCAGUCAACUUCGCGAAUUCCUUGGAUUUUCUCACUUGAAUGUUUCUUGGGUCUUCAUGGGUUUACGUGGCGCUUGCUUUAAGAACUCGCAGGUUGUUCUGUUUUAGUCUCUGCUAUUGAUGAUAAAUUGGUUGGGUGGCUACAGAGUUCUUGCCAAAUUCGCCUCUGCUCCCGAGUUUAUAUCCCGCUUCUGACUUUUACCGGAGGUUUUGAGUUCUGCACGUGUUCUUGGUCCUUCGGUGGCUUUCCAUUUGUGCUGUGAUUUCUCAGAGAAGCUUUUGGGAUUGUUCCUGGGUGUCUUUCACGGGAGCUUUUGGAUUCCUUUUUGGUGUGUACGCUUUAAAAUCUCAGCAGAGGGUGAUUACUGGUCAUUCUUUCUGUUUCGUUCUGUCUUUUCCAUACAGAUUCUCUUUCAUUCGUGUUCCAGUUCUAUGAUCGCCACUAUUUUCAUUCUUGAUGAAGCCUCGUGUGCGUCGGUAUCUUCUGCUGCAAAGCCUGUGUUCCCUUUCUGUCAAAACAAGAAUAUCUGAGGCAGGAACCUUGCUAAUAAUAGUGGAUAACCAUGUGCCCCCCAAAUCCUGAGCUGAAACUGGCAGCACUUAACAUCAGUAUCAGGGAUUCCUGGAGUGAGGAGGAACUUGUCAGAUUCUUGGCCGAGAGGAAAGCUGAGGAUCCCCUUCCGCAGGACGUGCUUGUGGGUCUGGACUUCUCCCUCGUUGAUCCACGGAUCUUCACUGUAGACACAUGGUACUUGAGCUGGUCAGAUGAUGAACAACCUAAUAACAGUGCUGAAAACAGUAUCAGAAAGGCAAAAAAUGGAUACUGGAAACAUGCGGAGUCAUGCAAAGUACCAACAAGUAUAGGUAUCAUGGGCGUGAAAAUUAUUUUGGAGUUUUAUGAAGGUCAAGAACCAUGUGGCAAGAGAACUGGGUGGGUGAUGCAUGAAUAUCAAGUGGAACAGAAUGACGAAGCUAAUCUACCACAGGACUACAAGUCUUUGUGUAGAGUAUUCUUUCAGGGUGACAAAAAGCUAGAUGCAAAAAGUCAAAAAAAUUCUAUGAAUGUAGAUGCUCCUAAUGAUAGCUUGGAGACUUACCUUCAGUAUCUUGCAAAACUAGAAGAGCCAAAGGUGACAGCAGAUGCAAAUGAGGAUGUUUGUUCUAGCAAAGUACAGUUUGAGCAAAAACCUCAGAAUUCUCUAGAUGAUAUUGAUGUUAUUGCUACUGGGGACUACAUAGAGCUGAAUGACCUACUAACCUCAGAAGCCUCUGCAUCAACUUCAGAAAACUCAAGCAAGCGAUCUAUGGUUUCUGAGGAUUAUUUUGAUAGUGAUGCAUUCCUGCGUGAAAUCUUGAAAGGUGGUAACACAACUGAUGGACAAAAUCAAGACCACAAGUUUAGCAUAGCUGCACCUACUAAAUCAGCUAAUGUGGUACUCAGCCCUUCAGAACAAGGGCUAGUUCAGUUCCAUGAUAACAAUGGCAUGGUGCCUGGAACUUCACAUCAGAAGCCAGUGCCAGAAGGUGAUAGAGGUGAACAUUCAAGCCAAGGGUUUCAGCAGCAGAGUCCUUCUGUGUCUUCCUAUUUCCCAAGCAGCCAUGUGAAGGGAAGCCAUUCCAACAGUUCUAGCAGCUCGCAGAGCAGCAUUAAGUCUCAUAAAGAGCAGUCUACCCGUAAAUUUGGAAAGAUACGAAAGAAGUACUGCUGCUUUGGAUCCUUCUAGUACAAUGCAUAGCUUCUGUUCUAUUUUUGUACAGGAUGGAGCAUAGGGAAGGAUCAGUUUUUCCACUUCAUCAUUAGGCACAUGAUACUGUGCAAAUUGCUAUAGUGACAUUGGCUGAUUGACGCAACAAGUAGUUGCCAUAUGUUGUGAAAUUGAAACUAGAUGGUAGCUAGUUUGAAGCUACCUGAAACAACAAUACGAGCUGUGGAAAGUUUUCCACUUUUUGUUCAUGUACUGAUAAUGUGGCGAAUACCUUGGGCUGAUGAUUCUUUUAUGCUCAGAGAAGUGACCUGCUAAUCUUCUGCCAAUCUUUUUUGGUGAAUGACACUUAGUAACAAAUGUUUCCUUA